CACAAUGGCUUUAUAAUCUGUGUUGUCAUUAUCCUUAGGCCUCAGUUGCGCAGCUCUGUCAGCCCCACCCUCUCACUCUCUCUCUCCCUCUGGCUUUGGCCUCUAUUUUUUUAAACACUCUUUCACUUUCACCAAGCCCUUCCUCAACCUCUCUCUCCUUUUGGAUUUCUAACCUGCGCCUAUAAAUUAUAAACACAACAACAGGGAAUUUUAUGCAAACACCACUGCUUCUUCUUCUUCUCUCUCUGUUCUUCCCUGUUUCUAUCAUUUUCUUGGCUUUUAACGUCUAUAUGAUUGUACCAUUACAAUAGUGAACAACACAAGGAUUAGGUGAAAAUCCAACAAAAAAAAAAAAAAGAGGAGGAAUCCUCCUUCAACACCAAGUUUAUAUUACUUUUCACCCAAGAUUUGCCGUUUCUUUUGGUUUCUGUUUAAUGGGUCUGCUAAUUGUGUUGCUCCUAACGAGCGCCGCACUUCCAUGGGCUUCAUCAGAUCCGAGCGACGAGGCGUGUUUGACUCACUUGAGCCAAACUUUGAAAGACCCAUUGAAGAACCUGCAAAACUGGACCAAAUCCACCUUCGCAAACCCUUGUAGCGGCUUCACUUCCUAUCUGCCCGGUGCCACUUGUAACAAUGGUCGAAUCUACAAGCUUUCCCUCACCAACCUCUCCCUUCAAGGCUCCAUCUCUACUUUUCUUUCCAACUGUACCAAUCUUCAAUCGCUCGACUUAUCUUCAAACUCCAUCUCCGGCACCAUCCCCCAAGAUUUACAGUAUUUAGUCAACCUGGCAGUGCUCAAUCUCUCAUCAAACCGUCUCGAAGGAGAGAUCCCACCGCAGCUUACCUUGUGCGCUUAUCUAAACGUCAUUGAUCUUCAUGACAAUUUACUUACCGGUCAGAUUCCUCAAGAAUUAGGCCUUCUAGCACGUUUGUCGGCAUUUGAUGUUUCUUACAACAAGCUUUCAGGGCCAAUACCAGCUUCUUUAGGGAACAGGAGUGGGGCUUUGCCAAGGUUCAAUGCUACUUCUUUUGAAGGAAAUAAGGAUCUUUAUGGGUACCCUUUGGCACCUAUGAAAACCAAAGGGUUGUCUGUUUUAGCCAUUGUUGGAAUCGGAUUGGGAAGUGGACUUGCUAGCUUGGUACUAAGUUUUACUGGGGUUUGUAUUUGGUUGAAGAUUACAGAGGAAAAAAUGGCUGCCGAAGAAGGCAAAGUUAGUCAAUAUAUGCCUGAUUAUUGAAACCUUAAUCUGGGUUUAACUUGUUAUUCAACAUCAUUCAACUCAAAUGCUUCCAAAAAAAAAAAAAAAAACUCGAAAAAUUCCAGCCUUCCAGGUAUGUCUUAUUUAGGGAAGUUUUCUUUUUUUUUUCUUCCUAUUUUUGUUUCCUUUUUGGAGAGCUUUCUGUGUUCUUUUUUUAGAAUUUUUUUGGGUUUUUAUUUCAUUAGGAUAUUCUCUAUAAUUUUUACUUUCAACAAUCAUCCACCAAUGUAUAAAGCAAUUCAAACAUGAUCCGUAAUAGUGCAGUUAUUUAUUUAGUGUAUACGCUUUCCAAUUGUUGGUUUUUUUUUUUUUUUUUUUGUUGCUUUAGUCUGCAUAAAUUGCAGAAUCAGUGGGGAUGAUGAAUGAAAGAACUGCGCCCUGGAAUUUGGUCUGCUGGUGGCAAUGGCUUAAACUAAAUUAUAGAUAAAAGAAGAAGAAAUGGUGGGGACUGUGUUGUAAAAAAUCCUUGCAUUUAUUAAAAAAUGCACUUGAACUUAGCUGGGUUUCUUUUUCUCGUGUGAGGUGGUGGGAGACCAACAUCUUCACAUCAUAUGCCUAUUUGUUUUAUCGUCUAAUUUCUAAAUGGAAUGCUUUUAACUAA